UCGAUGGAAGGAGGAAGACAAAGGCGCAAAUGGCAGACAUACUGGAUGUCGCUGUCCUUUUCUUUGCUGAUGUGCUUCACGGAACAAGUGUUUGCCCAGAUACGGUACUCUACUCCCGAGGAAGUGAAACCAGGAUCCUUUGUGGGAAAUAUUGCUAAGGAUUUGGGUUUUGAUGUAAGUACUUUGUUAGACAGGCGAUUACGUUUGGUUUCCGGUUCGAAUGACGCCCUUUUUGAAUUAAAUCCGAACAACGGGGUUUUGUCCGUUCAUGAGAAAAUAGACAGAGAGGAGAUAUGUGAUGGGACCAGUGCGUGUUCGAUUAAUCUAAAACUCAUUGUGGAGAAGCCUCUAGAAAUUCAUUACGUGGAAGUGGAAGUAACGGACGUAAACGAUCAUUCGCCGAGUUUUACUGAUGACGAACAGCUUAUUGAAAUAGUUGAAUCCACUAUACCCGGUGAGGAAUUUCAGUUGCAGCCUGCACACGAUCCAGAUUAUGGUGUAAAUACAGUUCGCUUUUAUAAAUUAAGCCAAAGUGAAAAUUUCGAACUUGUGCUUCGAGAAAAUGGAAGAGAAGGACAAACACCAAUUUUAAAAUUACGUAAAUCAUUGGACAGGGAGAAACAAAACAGACAUAAUUUGACGCUGACUGCUAUGGACGGUGGAACCCCAACACGAUCGGGGAGCAUUAACAUUUCAGUGAUAGUUCUAGAUGAAAAUGAUAACAGACCAAAAUUUAGCCAAGAGCUUUAUUCUGUUACAAUACAAGAAAAUGCUCCAGCUGGAGCUCUUGUUUUUAGAGUCAAUGCCACUGAUUUAGACGAAGGCUUAAAUGGAAACAUAACAUUUUCUUUUGUCAAAAACCUUGACAAAAAGGUGUACAGUACUUUUGAGAUAGACAGAAAUACAGGUGAAGUUACCGUAAAAGGCGACGUAGACUUCGAGACUACUGAUACCUUCAGAGCUGCUAUUAUGGCGUCAGAUAAAGGACAUCCACCUAAGACUAGUAACUGUAGAGUUGUGAUAAAAGUAGCUGAUAUAAAUGAUAACAAACCUGACAUAGAUAUUACGUCUCUGUCUGACGUGGUCCCCGAAAAUUCAAAAAUAGGAACCGUAAUUUCUAUUAUCGCUAUAACUGACAAAGACUCUGGGGUCAACGGAAAGGUCGUUUGUAGCAUAUUAGACAGCGUACCCUUUGAACUGAAGCCGUCAUUUAAAGAAAAUAUGUAUUCCUUAGUGAUCAGUUCACGAUUAGAUCGGGAGCAUAGAUCACAUUACGAAAUAACAGUAAGAGCUACAGAUUUGGGACAGCCGCCCUUAUCUUCAACUAAAACAUUGAGCGUCCAAAUAUCAGAUGUAAACGACAACAGCCCAGAAUUUCCCCAUAACCCUCUUGAAUUAUACCUACUUGAGAACAACUCCCCUGGUACAUCCAUAUUUUCUGUUAGCGCUUUGGAUAAAGAUGAAAAUGAAAAUGCUGCCAUCGCUUACCAAAUUAUUAAAGGAGGAGAACAAAAUACUGCAUCUUUUCUCAAUAUCAAUUCUGAAACUGGAGUUAUUUACGCGCACAAAAGUUUUGAUUUUGAAACAACCAAAACGUUCCAGUUCCACGUGCUCGCUACAGAUUCUGGAACUCCGUCACUAAGCAGCAACGUCACAGUGAACGUGUUCAUUCUGGAUCAGAACGACAACGUUCCAGUGAUCUUAUAUCCAGUCAGCGCUAAUGGUUCUGCUGAAGGUGUGGAGGAGAUUCCCCGCAAUGCCAACGCAGGACAUUUGGUGACUAAAGUGAGAGCCUAUGACGCGGAUAUAGGAUACAACGGCUGGUUAUUAUUUUCACUGCAGGAAGUGAGUGACCACAGUCUCUUUGGUUUGGACCGCUAUACAGGACAGAUACGGACCCUUCGCUCAUUCACAGAAACAGAUGAGGCUGAACAUAAACUGGUCAUACUGGUCAAAGACAAUGGGAACAUUUCACUUUCAGCAUCAGCGACUGUGAUCAUUAAACUUGUGGAGCCCAAAGAACCUUUUGCUGCGACUGAUGUUAAAAAGGCAGUAAAAGAAGAGGAAGAAACUAACGUUACAUUUUAUUUGAUUAUUAUAUUGGGAUCGGUUUCAUUUCUUUUUAUUGUCAGUAUCAUCGUGCUGAUUGUAAUGCAGUGCUCCAAAUCUACAGACUAUUCCUCCAAAUAUUUACAAGAUACAAAUUACGACGGCACACUGUGUCACAGCAUCCAGUACAGAUCCGGAGAUAAACGCUACAUGUUAGUUGGACCCAGAACAAGUAUCGGUUCUACUCUAGUUCCAGGUAGCAAUGGGAAUACACUAGUGAUACCAGAUCGCAGGAGGAGAACGUCUAUGGAGGUAAGAAUCCAUUAA